CGCGAAUAAUUAAAUUUCAAAAGUUUUGUUGAUAAUUAUAUUUAAUAAAUGUGACUUAAAUUAUUUUAUUUAACGUAUUUAACAGUAAAAUUUCAGUGUAAAGAUAUUUUGCAUUCUUUGUGUUCUCUUAAACAUCUGAUAAAAGACUCUGCAUUUCUAUUAAAAUGCUAGACGAAAUAUUUUAAUUGCAAAAUUGUACUGCUUUCUAUUUUGUCUCUUUUUCCUUUCUUUCACUUCAGUGAAAUUUGUUCAUCAUAAAGUUCCAUAUUAUCAUUCAGAUGUAGUUAUUUUUUGAGAGAAGCUAAUAUAAUUAAUCUGAAUUAUUUACUAAAUAAAUGGUUCUAAUGUAUGUAUGUUCUAAUGUAUGUUCUAAUUUAUUCGAUAUUCAUCUUAUAAUCAAGAUAAUUUAAAAUGGGAUUUGAGGCUAAAAAAGCGAUUGCUUACCGCCGAUGUUUGUACAUUAAUAUUCGUUAAUAACAAGAUUUUAUCUAAUCGACUGAGACUUUAUUAGAUCGCUACUUACAGAAUCUAACUCGAUCAAUGUGAUAAGACGGACGGCAAUGAAUAUCGAAGACUUAAUAUUUUCAUAACUCAUCAUAUUCACUUGCGGCUCCUCCGCCUAUAACUUGGACAGCAAGUUAAUAUUAACUCCAGUCGCAUCCUAGUAUAAGCUAGUAUAAGCCAGUAUACUUACGAGCUGAUAUGAGCUGAUACGAACUGAUAUGUUGCAUUGUUGCGAACGCAGUUUGCAUGCAAGAUCGUGUUGUGCAUUCAAAUAAGACACGUUCACUGCUUAUUUCAAUAUCGAAUUGACACUUUCGUAAAAUUAAUCGUGAUCAGCAAUUUUUAAAUAAUGGGACUCUUCGAAAUUCUAUGCGGAAUUACCGCAUUAAUUUUUGCUGUUUAUUAUUUUUUCACGUCGACAUAUGACUUUUGGACGUCACGUGGUGUUCGUGGUCCACGGCCUAUACCGGGAUUUGGUAAUUUACGCGAUGUUAUAUUAACAAACAUAUCCGCGGGUAAUUAUGUGACGGACUUGUAUAACAACUACAAAGAUGAACCAUUGAUUGGACUAUUCGCCAGGAGGACACCCAUUCUUGUUGUAAAAGAUCUAGAUUUAAUUAAGGAUGUUCUUAUCAAAGAUUUCUCUAAGUUCGCAGACAGAGGACUUUCUACCUACGAAAGGGCUGAGCCGUUGUCGCUACAUCUUUUCUCAUUGGAAUCAAAGAGAUGGCGACCGUUGAGAAUGAGGCUGUCGCCUGUUUUUACAUCCGGUAAAUUAAGAGAGAUGUUAUCCUUAAUAUCAGAAUGUGCCGACCACCUUGUCCAAUAUAUGGAAAAAGUAGUGAGCAAAGACGAUCUCAUAGAAUGUCGCGAGCUAACGGCCAAAUAUACGACUGAUGUUAUCGGUAGUUGCGCUUUUGGCAUCGAUAUGAAUGCACUGUCGAACGAGGACAGCGAAUUUCGCAAGAUAGGAAGGAAGAUAUUCAAUCCGUCCUGGACACAUAUGUUACGAAUAAGAAUCAGGGAAGUUUUUCCAUGGUUUUAUAAUAUGCUCGGUUAUAUCUUACCGCAAACAGAAUUUACCAAAUUUUUCGUACGCGUUAUCACGGAAAAUAUAGACUACAGAGAAGCGAAUAAUAUUACUAGAAAUGACUUCGUUGAUACGUUACGCGAAUUAAAGAAGCAUCCAGAUAAAUUGGGUAAUAUUGAGUUAACAGACAGUUUGCUAGCUUCCCAAGCGUUUGUAUUUUACAUUGCUGGCUUUGAAACUUCGUCGACGACUAUUAGCCAUGCGCUCUAUGAGUUAGCGUUAAAUCAGAAUAUACAGGACAAGUUACGUGAAGAAAUUGAUGAAGCCUAUGCAAGACAUGGCGGAGAUUUGAUACACGACAAUAUAAAACAAAUGAUUUAUUUAGACAAAGUUUUCAAAGAAACAUUACGAAAAUAUCCGCCAGGAAUAUUUCUUAUGAGACAAUCGACAUCGAGCUAUACUUUCAAUGGUACCAGAGUUAGUAUACCGGAAAAGCAAAGAAUAUGGAUUCCUGUUUAUGCUAUUCAUCAAGAUCCGAAUAUUUAUCCGAAACCAGAUGUCUUCGACCCGGAAAGAUUUAAUGACGAAGCUGUGCAAAGCAGACACCCGAUGUGUUACCUACCCUUCGGUGACGGGCCAAGGAAUUGUAUCGGUGCUCGCUUCGCUAUUUAUCAGAGUAAAGUGGGACUUGUAAAGAUGCUACGAAACUACAAAGUCGAGACUUGCGAGAAAACUCUAAUACCCUACAUAUCUAAUCCUAGGGCGUUCGUAUUAUCUCCUAAAGGCGGAAUAUACUUGAAAAUGAUUAAAAUUAAUCAAGCUUAAUUAAAAAAUUUUUAACUCUGCUAUAUGAAAAAAAGAUGCAUAAAAAUGGUGAAGAAAAUCCUGUAGUAGUAUAAUAAUUAGAAUUACUAGUCCAACUAUCUCAUACAGCACAGAGCUAACAAUAUUGCAGUGCUGAAAUAAUGACAUUGACUUUUGUGCUGUAAGGGAUGGUACUUAUUAAUU